ACAGAUCCUGCACAUGCGCUAAUGCUCAACAUAUCCUUCUUAUGAUCCACAAACUCAUCCAAGCCGUCCUCGGCUCAAUAGCUCGGAGAGAUUACACAGCAUGUGCUGUGAAAGACAUGAUGUCGGUCUUUCAUGUUUUUAAUUGGCUCGUGUUUCUUUCAAUCGUUGAGAGUAGACGUUGUAUGACGAGAUGAUUGAAAGCCAUGAAAUUAGUGGUUACUAACGUCUGCUGUAGCGCAAGGAAAAUAACGGUUGGAGAGCAAAAACUGAGUAUUCACAGCAGGGAUUCAUACUACUCAAAGUCUUACUGUAUGUUUGGUGAACACUUGAGAAAAUGAAAACAAACUUAGUGGUUUUUAUAUGGGAUUUCAAUGUGAUUUUUUUCCGCCCUCCUACACCUAUCAAUGACAAGCCUGAGUUUUGGGGGGUUUUGACUCUGGUUCAACGCAGAUGUGUAUGAUAUUAGCACAGUGAGCACAGCAUGCAUAAUGUCCUCUUUAUUAUUCCUGUAUAUUGUUUAGAUGUGGUUGUUUUUUUUUUUUUUUUGGCACGGCAGGUCCUGAAUCAGACGUCCAGGCUGGAGAUCCAGAUGCUAGAAAAUUCUCUUUCCACUAACAAGUUGGAGAUGCAGCUGAUGGUUCAGACCAAUGAGAUCAGCAAACUGCACGACAAAAACAACGUCCUGGAGGAUAAGAUGCAGGAGAUGGAGCUGCGACACCGCGAGGAGCUGGAGACUCUGAAAAAAGAGAAGGGCAGUCUCCAGGUCCUGGUGGGUCGGCAGAGCGGGGUCAUCAGAGAACUGGAGAACCAGCUGAGCCGAGCCACGGGCAACAGCACGGCCCUGCAGAGACAGCAGCAGGAGAUGAUGGACACUGUCCACAACCUGCUGCACCUCUGCUCCAAAGACGGAGUUGUUCCAAACAGUACUAAAGCAGUGGAAGAAGAGAAGAGGUUCCGCGACUGCGCCGACCUCUACCAGGCUGGCUUCCGCAAGAACGCCGUCUACACCAUCCACAUCAAUCCACAAGAGACCAAAAAGGUGUUUUGCAACAUGGAAACAGCCGGAGGAGGAUGGACAGUCAUCCAGCGCAGAGAAGACGGCAGUGUGGACUUCCAAAAAACGUGGAAGGAGUACAAGACGGGUUUUGGCAGCGUCACUGCAGAACAUUGGCUUGGGAACGAAUACGUUUACCAGCUGACCAGUCAGAGGCAGUACGUCCUCCGUGUGGAACUGACCGACUGGGACGGACACCAGGCUUUCUCUCUUUACGAUCGCUUUAAAAUCGGCAGCGAGAAACAGAACUACAGGCUAUUCCUGAAAAGCCACAGUGGGACGGCAGGUCGACAGAGCAGUCUGGUGAUACACGGAGCCGACUUCAGCACCAAGGACAUGGACAAUGACAACUGCCUCUGCAAGUGCGCCCUCAUGUUCACUGGGGGUUGGUGGUUCGAUGCCUGCGGCCCAUCCAACCUGAACGGCAUGUACUUCACCCAUGGUCAGCACAUAGGGAAGCAGAACGGUAUCAAGUGGCACUACUUCAAGGGUCCCAGCUACUCGCUGCGAGCCACGGCCAUGAUGAUCCGGCCCCUGGACUUCUCAUAGUCUUCUAAACUUGUGAACUUUCGCCUCCUGCACAGAACGAUAGAGGAACGCUUCCUAUUUUAUCCUCUCCUCUCAUCUCAGUUUCGCUGGCCAUGGGAGUCGUCCAAUAAAUCUUGUAUUCAGCAUGGUCCAUAGCACCCUAAAAGCAGCUGCUACUGCUGUGCUACUGUUGCCUCGUAACCUUUCCUCCAUUUGAACCUUGAGUGCGGAGAGAGGCAGUGGCAAGAUAUGAUUUCAUCAUAUCUCAUCAGUUAUGAACUGACUUCUUUUAGGUUUACUCACUCCUGGAAUUGUGGACACUUCUGGUACCAAUAAAGUUCAGUUGGAAUCACAAAUUCUUUUCUUUCCUGAAGAUGUGUAAACAAAGAACUUGACCUUUCAAGAAGUAAAGCAGUUAUUGCGGAGCAGCAUUGCCUCUCAAACUGCAGGACAGGAAUCUAUUUGAAGGCUACAAUGACACAAAUUAAACAUUUUUGUAAAGUGUUGCUCACAGAUCUGUGACUGUUUCAAUGUAGUCAUUUGUUUUUUAAUGUAAACAGUAUCCAAAGUUAUUGUUUUUGUACUGUACGUUGUUAACUGAAUUGCUGCCUGCAUCGUUUAAUGUAACACAUGCUAACUUGGAAGGGUGACCUUGUAAUUCAUGUGAUGAUUUGUCGGAAAGUGUCAUGAGGUUCUCUUGCAGCAUUGGCAGAUGUAGACUUGCUGUCUCGACAAAGUGUGUUUAUUUUUAGAGUUCUAAAUGCUUGGUUAUUAUUGGAUUAGAUCCUGGACUCUGAUAAAUUUGGCCUUGUUGUUGGAUGGGAAACAUCUUGUAUUUGCCAAGGUUGAGACUGUGCCAUCACCUUACUGACCAAUAAAAGACAAAAAAGCAAGGACA